AUGCCACGCCUGAGCCCGGACGGAGACAAUGGAGGCCGUGCCUUACGAUUUAAUCCGGUUCUCAUCGGUCUUCUCGGAGUCAUUGCCGGAGCCAUUGUGGUGGCUACUUAUCACUUUAUCCACUCGAUUUGCAAUUGCUACCGUAGGCCGGCAACGGAGACGGUAAGUACUAAUAGCAGUCGAAAUGUUCAUCAAACUCGACAUGAAAGGCUCCGUGAAAGCCAAAGAAGCGGGAGUGGUUCCACGAUUCAUAGGUUGAUUCCAAUAUUCCGAUACAACAAAGAUUGCAACGAAGAUAUGUGUGCCAUUUGCUUGGGUGAUUUCAAGGAAGGUGAGCAAAUCCGGGUUUUACCGGAAUGUUUGCAUUUUUUCCAUGUGGGAUGUAUUGAUAAAUGGCUUAACUCGCACUUGAAUUGCCCGCUUUGCCGUGCCGAUACUUCAUCGCCACGGGAGGUGGUUGUUUCUUUGCCGGAUUCUAGUAGAACGCUAUAUACGGGGCUUGAUAGAUUGCCGGAUUCCGAGUAG